AUGAGAGAUAAAAUCUCCACUGAAACACUUUUAUUUAUAUCAUUAUUCUCGAUGUUAUUUCACCCGGUGAUGCUGCGGGUCUUCGCGGUUGUCAUGGCGAUAAUGGUCACCUGGGUGGAUGGAGCUCGGGUGCUGAGCGGUCAGACGGUGUGUUCAGGUGCUCCUGACCGUCCCUGCUAUAAGAUCGCAUAUUUCCACGACGUGUCGAGUCGUGUUGCGUUCAGGGAGGCGUGUCGCGCCUGUGAGAUGGACGGAGGGUCGCUGCUCAGCAUCGAGAGUCCGGCCGAGCAGACGGACAUCGAAAACCUGCUGCAGGAGCUUCGUUCAGGAGCAGGAGGAGGUGCAGGGGGAGGAGGUAUAGCUGACGGUGAUUUCUGGAUCGGUCUCACUCGUGUGGACGGAGUCGAUCAGGCUCAUCCUGAACUCGGCACCUUUACUUCCUGUCCGCAGCUCUACCUGUGGACCGACGGUAGCUCCGCCUCUUUCAGGAACUGGUAUUUUGACGAGCCGUCCUGUGGAGGAGAGGCCUGCGUCGUCAUGUACCAUCAGCCAACUGCAUUUCCUGGUCUGGGUGGGGCUUAUCUCUACCAAUGGAACGACGACCGCUGCAACAUGAAACACAACUUCAUCUGCAAAUACAAACCAGAACGUGAUGAUGUGACCGGUCACACACCUGGAGGACGGAACACAGAGUCGACAGCAGGUGGAGGUGUGGUUAAACAGCCUGCGGGCAGCGAGGAGGUUCGGCCUCAGGUGACCACGGCUGCAGCUUCAGGAAUGUUACUGGUCUACGUAAUCAUUCCCACAAUCCCCCUGCUGCUGCUCAUCCUGGUGGCUUCUGGGACAUGUUGUUUUCAGAUGUUGAGCAGAAGUGAACCCCGCACAAAGACCGCCACCGACCAAUCACAUCUGUGGAUCUCCAGAGCGCCCAAGGCCGACAGCAUGGUGGUCUGAAAGCUCCGCCCCCUGACAUCACAGCAUGCUGCUGGCAGAGGGAUGACAUCACCUGACAGCUUAGCCAAUAAUCGUGCUCGUUUCCAGUGGUUGUAUCAUGUUACGCCCGCCCACUCAUGCUUAAUUAAACAUGCUAAUGAGCAUUUGAUCUAAAGCGUGGGGGAGGGGGGGUUAUCCGUUAAUUUAAACAAUCAGAGAUAAAACAAACUUGUUCAGAAAGUUUUACUGAGGCUACGUAGCAUUAGCAGGUAUCAUAUUUGACAUGUUCUCCAUCUGUUACCAGGCUAAAUGCUAACAUGCUAAUUAACAGUAAAUACAGUGACCUGAAGGUGGCGCCAGAGGAGCACCCGCGUCUGAAAAUCACGUCGAACUAUACAAUCAACUGCACAGACAUCUACAGGAUGUCAGGGUGCCCCCUACUGGACACUCCAAUGAAAUGACGUGUUUGGUGAUCAGGGAUAAGACGUUCAGGAGGAAGUGUUCAGAAAAUGUAGUUUAAUGUAGCAUAGCAUAAAGACUGGAACAAGCUAGCUUAAUCUCAUGUUAAUGAUAACCCUAUGGACAUGUUUGUUUUCUGUAAUGUAACUAAACUGAUGUAAUGCAGCUGUUGAUUCAUUUUUAUAAACCAGUUAUUACACGUCUGACCUGUGAUGACAUCAUCCUGUCGUCGUCUGCCCUGAAGAGAACCGUCUGUUCCCACGUGACCUGAACGCACCGUGAACAUCUCCUGACGUCGCUCUGACGAACAGAAACAAAUCUAUUCAGGCUUUGAUUUGAUUCUGUGCUUUUACACUUUCCCCUCAGUCUGGUUUAGCUGUUAGCUUUAGCUCUCUUGUUAACGUAGAGCUCGUAAUCACGAAGUGACUCAGUGCAAAGAGAAACUUGUUACACUCUAAACGUUUUCAUUUAAAAUCUGUUGAAUUAAAGCAGAAACUAAAUCAAUUAAUUCUAAUGAGAAAAUUAACAAGAUUUUCAAUCAAUCAAAUUCAGUCACACUAUAUUUGUAUCGCCCAUAUUCACCAAUCACAAUUUGUCUCAGAGGGCUGUUUAUUUUUCCUGUUGCCAUGGAAACGCCUCAGUUCAGCGUGACUCCCCAACCCCCACUCUGUACGUAGGUGUGUGUGUGUUGUGAGUCUUCAGCUCGUCGGUUUGUGACAUCAAUAAAAACGUUUCUGUGA